AAUGGAUGGAUAUGGAAUUAUGAGUUGGUUAGAUGGCAAUAAGUAUGAAGGAGAAUAUUAAAAUGAUUAAAAACAUGGAUUUAAAACUUUCUAAUGUGGAGUUGGUGGUAAAUACUAUGAACUAUGGCUCAAUGAAAAAUAAGAUGAAGAGGGAUAGUAGACAACUAUCACAGGUUAAUAAAGAAAAGAAAUUUUGGAAGAAGGAAAUAGAGCAAAAUGGCUAUGA